UUUGUUUAGUAAUGUUUAACAUAUUAAUUAAUUUAAUUUCAUAGGUUGUGAUUUUUGUGGUGAGAUUUUAGAGAGUAUUUUGCAUCAAAAUUCCUAUAUCAAUCACACAUUUGAGGUAAUUAAGUUUCUAAAAUUACAAUAAUACGUUAUAUAUUGCUAGAUAUUUAGUGAUGUUUUAUUUAUUAUUUAUUAAUUUAAUUUUAUUGGUUUGUGGAUUUAAUAGCGAAUUUGAUUACUAAGUGAAGUAAUUUUGCUAGCUUUUGGAUUAUUGAUUGCAAGAGGUACAUAUAUAUUCUCUUACUUCUACUUUUAAGGAAGAAACUUAUUUUAUGUUGUUUGAAUUGUUUGUUUUGUUAUACACAUGCAGAUGGUUAGGUCACUAUUAUAGGGGAAAUGCUGCCCGAUUUUAUCUAGGAUAAUAAAAAAUUAGUUUUAUAUAGACAUACAACUUUAUCACGUGCUUAUUUAGUGUUGUUUCUUUUCUUUUCCAUAGACAUAGGAGAAUAUAUGGAUAAACAGUGGAUGUCAGCGAAUAGGUUAUCUACGGAAUAUAGGAACGGGGUCGAUUUGUUCUUAAGGUUUUGUUCGGAAAAUGUGAAAGACCCAAAUUUUACUUAUUGUCCACGUCUUAAGUGUGGAAAUGUUAAAAAGAUGGAUCUUAAAAAGAUUAAAGAACACUUAUAUUUCAAUGGGAUCGACAAGAGUUACACAAUUUGGUAUUACCAUAGGGAGAUAGCUCCGAUUGCUCCAACUCUGCCAAGUAGACCAAAAGGAGUGAGGAGGAAUAUAGUGGAGGAGAACUGGGAUCCAUUAGAUGAAAUGAUUGACGACAUUAUGGAUCAGGAGUAGACCCAAAUAAGUUUGAGACACUCAUUAAUGAUGCAGAGAAACCAAUUUACCCUGGUUGUACAAGAUUUACAAAAUUAUUUGCGCUCCUUAGGUUGUACAAUCUAAAAGCUAAACAUGGCUGGAGUGAUAAAAGCAUUAUGGAUUUAUUUGGUUUCUUGAAGGAGUUAUUGCUUGAAGAUAAUGAAAUUCCAAUUUCAUUUUAUGAGGCAAAGAAGACGUUAUGCUCAUUAGGCAUGCAGUACGAAAAAAUUCAUGCAUGUCCUAAUGAUUGCAUAUUAUAUCGAAAUAGUUUUGCAGACGCAAAAUCGUGUCCUACUUGUGGUGAGUCACGAUGGCAAAAGAAAAGAAAUGGUGACGAUGUCAAGGAAGGAGUAUCUGCCAAAGUUUUGUGGUACCUUCCGCCAAUUCCUCGUUUCAUCCGAUUGUUUAGAAAUACCAAACAUGCUAAAAGUUUGUCGUGGCAUGCUAAUGAAAGAAUAAAGGAUGGUAAAUUAAGACAUCCAGCUGACACCCUUGCUUGGAAGAGAGUUGAUUUGAAGUGGCCUUCUUUUGGAAAUGAAUAUCGUAAUAUUCGUCUAGGUCUUUCGACUGACGGGUUUAAUCCACACGCAUCCCUUAGCAGUAAGUAUAGUUGUUGGCCUGUUAUGCUUGUUAUUUACAAUCUACCCCCAUGGUUGUGUAUGAAGAGAAAGUUUACGAUUUUGACCUUGUUGAUAUCAGGACCUAAACAACCUGGUAAUGAUAUUGACGUCAAUCUAGCUCCUCUUAUAGAUGACUUGAAAACUUUGUUGGAUGAAGGGGUUAAGGUUUAUGAUGCGUAUAGGCAGGAAGAAUUUAAUCUUAGAGCGGUCUUAUUGUGGACAAUUAAUGACUUUCCUGCUUAUGGAAAUUUAUCUGGGUUUAGUGUGAAAGGAUAUAAAGCUUGCCCCGUUUGUCAAGAAAAAACAUGUUCUGAAUACUUGAAACACUCUCGGAAAAUAUGUUAUAUGGGACAUAGGAAGUUCUUGCCUAAUACGCAUUAACUUCGGACUUGGAAGAAGGCAUUCAAUGGUAAACAAGAGUUUGAGGAGGCUCCUGAGCCAUUGAAUGGGAUCCAAGUACUUGAGAAGAUGUCUAAAAUUGUGUUCAAGUUAGGGAAGCCCAAAGUUCGUACACCUACAAAGAUGAAACGUAGUCGCAAGGCCAAGGUUGUGGAGGAGCCAAAAGGGUGUUAUAAAAAGAAAUUUGUUUUCUUCGAACUUGAAUAUUGGCUUUUCUUACUUAUACGUCAUAAUUUAGAUGUUAUGCACAUAGAGAAAAAUGUAUGUGAUAGUUUGAUUGGUACUUUGUUGAAUAUUCCUGGGAAAACUAAGGAUGGAAUUAAGGCUAGACAAGACUUGAUUGCAAUGGGUAUAAGGGAUGAAUUAACUCCAAAACCAGAUAAGAGACGAACAUAUUUACCUUCUGCAGCUUACACUCUUACUAAAGAGGAAAGAAUGGAAAUUUGCAGAUGUUUGUUUAAUUUUUUUGUUUUUCUUAUACAGUGAACAUUGGAUGUUGCUUAUUUUGGCACCAUAUGCAUAUCAUGUUUAUUGUUGUGAUUCGGUGAAUUCAGAGCUAAAUAACCGUGAGGAGAUUGUAUCAGUGAUUGUCAGCGCUUUCAAUCUUUUUUUCUCUAUGAAUCUUCCUGAUGUCGAGAUCCCUGAUACUCUACGCAUUAAGCAACCUCAGUGUCCACACCAACCGGACAAUGUGGCAUGUGGAUACUACUUAACGAGGAUGUUGAAGGAUUUGAUUGAACAUGCGAGUCCCGGGCAUUACUUGAGAACGGUAUUAUUAAUUAAAAUUUACAAAUUUUUUUAACAAUAAAUGUAAUCAAAUAAUUAAUUAAUAUAUUUUACUUUAUAUUUAUUGCAGCUAACAAGCACAUCAUAUACAGAGGCACAAAUUGAUGAGUUGCGACAAGAAUGAGCGACAUAUAUGUUGCCGAUAAUCCAAAGUUACCGACCUCGUUGAUAGGUUUUUAUUUUUUAUUUUUUUACCUCUUUCUUCAUACACAAUGCAAUAUUUGUUCAUUUUGUAUAUGUCUAACAAAUAUUGUAUUUCUUGUAUAUGUCUAACAAGUAUAUUUUUUUCUUUCAAUUUAAUUGAUUAUUAAAUCAAAUUAAAUUUAGAUUAAAAUCAUUUCAAUUUAAAUUAAAAUAAUUUCAAUUUAAUUAAUUAUUAAAUCAAAUUUAAAUAAUA